AGACAUGAGAAUAUAUGUGAAUGAGCUCAAGCCCAGCCUGAACUGCAUAGCAAGACUCUGUCUCAAAAACACAUUAAACAACAACAACAACAACAGGGGUUCCAACCCCACCCCACUCUUUCUACUUGCAGAAGUACCCAAAUGGAAAAGAGGAGUUCUGUUUUAAAAGUCCAGAGUCCUAACUUCUCUGCUUGGCUUUGGAGCCUGACUGUUCUGAUUCUCAGAGACCUCCUCACCUAUAAAACAGGGACAGUGUACCAGAGGAUGGGUAGAGACUUUCCAGAUUGAACAUUCCAUGCCUGACCCUUAAGCCACUGAUGUCAUAAUAAGGACUUUGCUUGUGAAUGCUACAAAGCUUCUCCCAGCUCAGCAGUUCUUUGGUCAUGGGAACAAGCUGGACUCACCCUGGAUCUUCCCUACUUGUGAUCCUGUGCUAUGGGCAGCUCUUGUCAUGGCUUAGGAUUGUGGGUGAUGCAAGUGUGACUACAGACCUAAAGGAAAAUGUGACAGGGCCCUGGGUGGGGACAGGAUCAUAUAACCCCCUUCCUGCAGCUGUGCCCUACAAUGAAACUGAGGCAAAGCGGUUCCUGGAGUACUAUGAACAAACAGCCAAUACUGUGUUGAAGGAGUUUGUGGAAGCCACUUGGAACUAUGUCACCAACAUCACCAAGCCAAAUCGAGAACAAAUGCUGCAGAAGGAAUUAGAGAGGUCCUACUUCAUGAAACACUUUGGCACCCAGGCCCACCUGUUUAACAUCACCCAGAUCCAGGACCCAACUGUGAAGCGCAUGCUGAGUAAACUACAAGACAUAGGCAAGGCAGCCUUGCCAUACGACGACCUUUGGGAGUACAACAAGCUUGUGGCCUACAUGGAGACAACAUACAGCCUGGCCCAAGUGUGCCUGGAUGAGGGGCCCUGCAUGACCCUGGAGCCCGACCUCGAAGAAGUCAUGGCUACAUCCAGAGACCAUAAGGAGCUGCUGUGGGCCUGGGAGGGCUGGCGGGACUCUGUGGGUCGCCAACUCCGCCCCAUUUUCUGGCGCUACGUGCAGCUCAGCAACAAAGCUGCACAGCUCAACGGGUACAAAGACAUGGGACAACUGUGGCGUGCUAAGUACGAGUCAGAUACCCUGGAGCAAGACAUGGAGCAGAUUUACCAAGAGCUGCAGCCUCUCUAUCUUAACCUGCAUGCAUAUGUGCGCCGUGCCCUGUACCGCCACUAUGGGCCUGAACUCAUCAGUUUGCGGGGGCCUAUCCCUGCCCACCUGCUGGGGGACAUGUGGGCUCAGUCCUGGGACAACAUCCUAGACAUGGUUCUGCCUUUCCCUAAGAAGCCCCCCAUAGACAUCACACGGAUCAUGAAACAGCAGCAUUGGAGACCUGAGAAAAUGUUUGAAGAGGCUGACAAAUUCUUCACCUCUUUGGGGAUGCUGUCUGUCCCACCUGAUUUCUGGAAAAAGUCAAUGCUGGAGAGGCCGACCGACGGGCGGUCAGUGGAAUGUCAGACCUCUGCCUGGGACUUUUACAGUGGCAAUGACUUCAGGAUAAAGAAAUGCACUGAAGUGACCAUCGAAGACCUGCUCUCUGUCUUCCACCAGAUGGGUCAUAUCCAAUACUUCAUGCAAUACCAGAACCUGUCUGUAAUCUUCCGUGAAGGUGCCAACCCUGCUUUUGAAGAGGCUGUGGGGGCAAUGGUCACACUCUCUGCCUCUUCCCACAGGCACUUGUUCAGCACAGGCCUGAUCAGCCUCCGGCAGCAGGACUCAGAGGAGGAAGUCAAUUACCUGAUUGGCAUGGCCCUGGAGAAGAUUGCCUUCAUCCCCUUCAGCUAUCUAAUGGACCUGUUUCGCUGGAGGGUCUUCGAUGGCACCAUUGACAAGAACAUCUACAACCAGGAGUGGUGGAACCUCAGGUUAAAGUACCAAGGCCUGUGCCCACCUGUUUCUCGGACAGAGGAUGACUUUGACCCUGCUGCCAAGUUCCAUGUUGCUGCCAAUGUGCCCUACAUGCAAUACUUCCUUAGCACGGUGCUCCAGUUCCAGUUGCAUGAAGCUCUGUGCAAUGCCUCGGGCUAUGUGGGUCCACUGCACCAGUGUGAUAUCUAUAGCUCAAAGAUAGCUGGGAGGAUCCUCGGGCAUGCCCUGAAGCUGGGCUCCAGCAAGCCCUGGCCAGAGGUUCUAAAGGAGCUGACCGGGCAGGCCAAUAUGUCUACAAGUGCCCUCAUGACCUACUUCAAGCCACUGCUGAACUGGCUAGUGAUUGAGAACGUGCGACAAGGUGAAAUCCUAGGCUGGCCAGACUACACCUGUCCCUGUUCAGAAAGAACUACAAACAAAGUGGUAUUACUGGAUCUGCAGAUGAAGACUGACCAGGUUACAUUUGUGCUGUGUAUACUUCUGGGCUUGAGCUUUGUCAUAUUCCUGGUGCUCCUGGGACUAGCCUGCAGGCUGUACUUCAAAGAAAAACAGUCACUAGAUGACGACAGCAUGAUACUCAGCACCCAGCCCGAUACCUACUUCCUGGGUGUGCCCAUGGAGCCCCGAAAGGCCACUCGAAGACAGUGGAUUCUGCUGGGCCUCUGCUUGAUCUUACUGCUGUGCACGAUCAGCCUCAGCAUUCGGAUCUUCGCACACAAUCACAAGAAGUCUUCAGGGAUGAGAGCUGACUAGUAGAGCAAGGACUAGCCACCAGUCACACUGCCAACCUGACCCUCCACACACAGAGGCAGCCAAGACACUUCUGGACUUCUUCAGGAGACCACACCAACAGCCCUCUCAUCUCCCAGCUACAGUGGCCAAUGAGGCUUCCAUCAGGCAUUGUGGUUCUGCGUGGCAAAUGCACACUUAACCAAGACCCCCAGGCUUCACCAGACUCCAGCAAAA